AAAAGGAGGUCGUCGGAAGUUGAAUGACGUCACAGGUCACGAGACAGGAGCCAUUUUAGAGGUGUCUCACAGAUGAAGUGAUUUUUCUAACUCAACAACCAUCGAAUUGCAGAUUUUUUGAUCAAAUAGUACAAUAAGAACAGAACAUGGCAUCAAGAAAGAAGGUGUUAUUAAAAGUUAUUAUACUUGGGGACAGUGGAGUCGGUAAGACAUCCCUCAUGAACCAGUAUGUGAACAAGAAGUUCAGUAACCAAUACAAAGCCACCAUUGGAGCAGAUUUCCUGACCAAAGAAGUGAUGGUAGACGACAGACUAGUCACAAUGCAGAUUUGGGAUACAGCGGGACAGGAGAGAUUUCAGUCGCUGGGUGUGGCGUUCUACAGGGGAGCUGACUGUUGUGUUCUUGUGUUUGAUGUCACAAUGCCAAACACAUUCAAAUCUUUGGACAGUUGGAGGGACGAAUUCCUCAUCCAGGCCAGUCCCAGGGACCCAGAAAAUUUCCCAUUUGUUGUUAUAGGAAAUAAAAUUGACUUGGAAAAUAGGGCGGUGACUGCUAAGAGAGCACAGAGUUGGUGCACUAGUAAAGGAGAGAUUCCUUAUUUUGAGACCAGUGCUAAAGAGGCCAUCAAUGUAGAACAGGCUUUCCAAACUGUCGCUAAGAAUGCCCUGGCUCAAGAAACAGAAGUGGAAUUGUAUAAUGAGUUUCCCGACCAGAUUAAACUUACAAACGAUACUAAAAAGCAAGAGAGUGGAUGUGGCUGCUAAUAGGAAUUACUUUCGUUUCAUGUUUUUUAAAAAAAAUCAUUUAUUUUCACGAAAGAACUAGAGAAAAAAAAGUUUCAAAUAUUUACUUGUAAAAAUUGCAAUCAUGGGCCUCACAGAUUUUUCCGGGAAUGAAGAAAAAGUGACCAAUCACAGAGCAGUAUCGGACAUGAUGGGUGUAUGUGUGUACGUGAUGAGAAUUGAGGUUGGAUGUUGACAUUACUUGACCGAUUUGUUCAGUAACUCCCAUGAAUUGAGCGAUUUGAACUGGUUAAUUUAUUUGUGAUUUAGGUCAGAUUAUGUACAGUCUAAAUAUCAGCUGUUAGAAAUCUUUAAGUAACAUGUGAUAUCUUUACUUUUCCAUGUGUUUGUCAUGUUUAUUCCUGGCAAAAAUUGUUUCUCAAUAAUACUUGUGGAUUUUUUUUGUUCUUAGCAUAUAUACAAAUAUGUAUACAGGUACAAUGCAUGCUUUUCAAGGCUUCAUUUAUUCAGUUAUGGAGAAAAAUAUGACCAAAAAAUGGAAAAAAAGUUUAACAUCCUUGAUUCAAAUCCAAGUGCUAAGAACAUAUCAGUUAAUAAAAUGUAGGUUAUAUUGGUUUAAGAUUUGAGAUGUAUUUUUCUAUAUUUUAUGUAUAAAUCAAAUUUCGUGAACAAGUAGAUACCAAAAUAAUGUUUAUCUUUCUAGUUUCAAAUGUUAUUGUCCCCAUGUGAUUUAUAGCUGUGAGAAGACCUCAAUAUCUUGUUGAUACUGAACAGGGUAUUCUGGGAUAAUUAAGCCUCAGUUAUUUGUGUUUUUGUUGAUUCAAGUGACUGUUUGUUUCACAGCUGUUAAAAAGAAAAUUUCUUUCCAAAUCGUAGAGAUAAUUGUAUGUUUAGUAAAACUUUCUUUUCUGUCUCUCCAUUCUAAAACAUGUUUGAUUGGUUGACCCCGUAGUGAGUGGGAGGUCACAUAAGUUUCUGUCAUGGCUGUUUGUUUUGUUGGGUAGUUUUUGAUAAUGAGAAACAAGUGGGCCAGCAAUAUAUUGUUAUUCUGUUAUAGAAAGCAUGGUGUAUUUCUACAUAACAAGGACAAAUGUAAUAAAACAGUAAUUAAGUAUUGGUACUGCUUCUGCAUGUUGGUAAAUACUUGUAGAUUCCAUGUGAUUGUUCUGUACUGUCAAGUCCGGUCACUUGUUUAGUAAGAUCCAGUGUUUAUCAAUAUUCCUAUCAUGAUUUGGUGUCUAACUGACCUAUUUAUUUCCUUUGUGAAAUUUUUUGUUAGGUAUACUUAAAUCGAAUUCUUUGAACACCAGUAAGGCUAUUUUGUUUUACAUGUAAUUGAUUGUAUCUUAAAAGCAUGACAUUUUUGUCUUAUUUACAUGUAAAAGGAAAUUUAUAUGAAAGAUUCCUUUCUGGCAAAUUAUGUGUACACAACUUGUGUAAUUUUGAGCAUUAUUGUAAAAAAUGAUGAAAACAAAUAAUAAAUAUGAAAUACAUGCCGUA